UGCGCCUGCGCGUUAACAACGGAAAUAAGAAGCGGUUCCCACGCGAGAAACGGGGAGAGAUACCGGUCUUUGCUGCGACUACAGGGACUGAGCCAUAGUAAGGCAGGAAGAAACGGGUUAAUUUUAUUUUUAUGUAAUUAUUUUUUUUUUGCUGAAAGAAAUCGCAUGAUACUGCUGGCAUGUAUCUGCUAACAGCUAUAGUUUGCCGAGCACAUUUCAGUUAUUCCACGCUUUUAUGAACUUCGUUUGAAAGGCUUCCGCUCGCACUGCCAUGGCAUGAAACUCUACACUGAUGGAUGAACCACGAGGGAAAAACAUCACCGGUUAUAGCAUGGAAAGAAGUGUAUCGAGGUCUGUAAACCUCUCCUGAGAAUGACCAUCGCUAGUGGGUCAGUGCUGUCUGCCAGAGACUGCUCUCAGGCAGGACAUGUGAGGAACACACUGAGGUGGAACCUGUCUCCAGAUGAGAUCAGGACUAUGACAGACAGCUUAAUUGCCAGAGUAAAGAAGGUCUAUGACGACGUUGGAUCCCUAAAUAUAGAAAAUGUCUCUGUUGAAAACACCCUGAUGACCUUGGCUAAUGCUAAGAUGGAUUAUGCAUCAUCACGCCACGUUCUUGCCUUCCCUCAGUAUGUUUGUCCUUCUAAGGAGCUUCGAUCAGCGAGCACCGAAGCUGAAAAGAGACUGUCUGAGUUGGACGUGGAGAUAAACAUGCGGGAAGAUGUGUUCAAACGAAUCACUGCCUUGCAGAAUAAACAGAAAGACAACCUUUCAGCUGAGGAAAAAAGAUUCCUGGACAGACUUGUUACACUGGGCCAGAGGAAAGGAUUGCACCUGUCUAAAGAUAUACAAGAGGAAAUAAAAAGAACUUCCAAGCUCAUCAGCGAACUCUCCAUCGAGUUUAACAAGAAUCUGAACGAGGAGAGCAAAUUUCUUAUUUUCUCUGAGCACGAAUUAGGUGGGCUAGCUGCCACUUUUCUCAGUGGACUGGAUAAGACGGCUGAAGGACGGUAUAAAGUGACCCUGGAAUAUCCCCAUUACUAUCCACUGAUGAAGAGGUGCCAUAAUCCUGAAACAAGGAGAAAGAUGGAAAUGGCUUUUAACAGCAGGUGUAAAGAGGUAAACACGGCAAUCUUAGAAGAGUUGAUACAGCUGCGGGCGAAGGUUGCACACUUACUUGGUUACGGUAGCCAUGCUGAGUAUGUGCUGGAGAUUAACAUGGCUAAAAAUGCAAGCAACGUGUCUGACUUUCUGGACAAGUUCCAUGAAACGCUGAAGCCCGUGGGAAUCAAAGAGAGGAAAUACAUUCUUGCGCUGAAGAAGAGGGAGUGCCUGAUGAAGGGCUACCAGUUUGAUGAGAAGAUUAAUGCCUGGGACUUACCCUACUACAUGAAUCAAGUGGAGCAGCGCAAGUUUGCUGUGGACAAGGACAAACUAAUCGAGUAUUUCCCUCUUGAUGUGGUGACAGAAGGGCUGUUUGGUAUCUACCAGGAGCUGCUGGGUCUCACAUUCACAGAGGUGGAACAGGCUGACGUGUGGCAUGAAAAUGUCAAGCUGUACUCAGCCCGGGACACUGAAACAGGGGAGGAGAUUGGUCAGUUCUACCUGGAUCUGCAUCCAAGGGAGGGAAAGUAUGGCCACGCAGGUUGCUUUGGGCUCCAGCCUGGCUGCAGAGGCCCCGAUGGAAAGCGCAGGCUGCCGGUUGCGGCCAUGGUGGCCAAUUUCACCAAGCCUAGGAAAGGUUGUCCUUCUCUCCUCCAACACCAUGAAGUGGAGACCUAUUUUCAUGAGUUUGGUCAUGUCAUGCACGAAAUCUGCUCUAAGACUGCUUUUUCAGAAUUCAGUGGAACAAUGGUGGAGACAGACUUUGUGGAGGUGCCGUCUCAAAUGCUUGAGAACUGGGUUUGGGAAAAGGAGCCUCUGAGAAGAAUGUCCUGUCACUACAAAGAUGGUACCUCCAUCCCAGACGAGCUGCUCGACAAACUGAUUGCCUCCAGAGUUGCUAACACUGGGCUUAUGAACCUACGUCAGGUAGUCCUUAGUAAGGUGGACCAGUCGCUUCACACCAGCCCACGUGCAGACACUGCUGAGGUGUUUGCAAAGCACUGCCAGGACAUCCUGGGUAUUCCUGCUACACCAGGAACCAACAUGACAGCCAGUUUUAGCCACUUAGCUGGAGGAUAUGAUGGUCAGUACUAUAGCUAUCUAUGGAGCGAAGUCUACUCCAUGGACAUUUUCUUCAGUCGUUUUAAAAAGGAAGGCAUUAUGAAUCCAAAGGUUGGAAAAGAGUACAGAAGAGUGAUACUGGAAACUGGAGGCUCUAUGGAUGGGAUGGACAUGGUGAAAACCUUCCUCGGACGUGCGCCGUAUCAGGAUGCCUUUUUCCAAUGCAAAGGACUGGUUAACUCACAAGAAGCAUCAAUGUAAUCUGAUGUGAUCUUUAA